CAGGAUUAUUGCCAAAUCUGCCCACAAUGCCAGAAGACGGCGCCGAAGUGCCCCAGGCGUCCACAGGGUUCUCACCAUUUGAGCUGCUGUAUGGACGGAGACCCAGGGGCAUGCUGGACCUGGCCAAAGAAGCAUGGGAGCAACAGCCAUCAGCCCAUCGCUCCGCCAUAGAGUAUGUCGACCAGAUGCAGGACAGGAUGGCUAAGGUAUGGCCCCUGGUGCGGGAGCAUAUGCAACAAGCCCAACACGCCCAAGCCAGAAUCUAUAACCGUAGAGCUCAGCUACGGGAGUUCCAGCCGGGAGAGUUUGUCUUGGUCCUGAUUCCAACGGUGGAAUGCAAAUUCCUGGCAAAGUGGCAUGGACCCUAUGAGGUGAUCGAAAGGGUGGGGGAGGUGAAUUAUAAGGUAAGACAACCGGGAAGGAGGAAAAUCUGCCAAAUAUAUCACAUUAAUCUGUUGAAGAGAUGGCACGCCCCUGACAGUGUUCCGAUGGCCGCACUAACCACCGAAACCCAAGAUCGUGUCCCCUCACAGGUACCUCUGGGCCCCCAUCUGAGUCCGACCCACCGGCAAGACAUGGUGGAACUAACUGGGCAGUUCAAAGAUGUUUUUUCAGACAUGCCGGGAAGGACCACGGUGAUUAACCACGACAUCAUCACCGAACCUGGGAAAAAGGUGAGGCUCCGACCCUACCGCAUACCAGAGGCAAAAAGGGAGACCAUCAAAGAAGAGGUUCCCCUCACAGAAACCGCCAAAGAGAAGACAGCGUUUGCUACCCCAGAAGGCCUGUACCACUAUAGAGUCCUGCCCUUCGGAGUCCACGGAGCGCCAGCUACGUUCCAAAGAAUGAUGGACCAGGUGCUCCGACCUCAUCGGGAGUAUGCAGCGGCCUACCUAGAUGAUGUGGUCAUACACAGCCCCGACUGGACCACCCAUGUAGGCCACCUGAAAGCUGUCCUGGGAAGCCUACGGAGAGCUGGCCUGACCGCCAACCCAAAAAAGUGCCACCUUGGCCUGGAGGAGGCGGAAUACCUCGGCUACACCAUUGGGAGAGGCAGUGUGAGACCCCAAUCCCGGAAAGUGGAGGCCAUUGCCACCUGGCCUAAGCCAGCCACGAAGCGGCAAGUAAAAACGUUCCUCGGCCUGGUCGGCUAUUAUCAGUGCUUUAUACCCCACUUUGCUACUAUUGCAGCCCCUUUACACGAGAUGACGAAAAACAGCCACCCACACCAGGUCCUCUGGAGCACCGAAGCUGAGGCAGCCUUUACAACCCUUCGGAGGGCCCUGUGCACCGAGCCAAUUUUAAGCACCCCUAAUUUUGAGGACACGUUCAUCGUCCAUACAGAUGCCUCUGGAUCAGGGCUUGGAGCCGUGCUGUCCCAGGUCAGAGGAGAAGAACACCCAGUGACCUAUAUCAGCCGCUGCAUCCUUUGGAACGCAUCCGUCGACCCCACGCGCGUCACUUCGGCUGCGACUCGGCUGUCCAGUUCCGUCGGCUCCUCCGAACGCGGUCGAGGGACGCAGUCCUCCAGGAGCCGGUCUGGAGGACACAUCUGA